UGCCACAGUCUCUGCCACAUUCGAGGCACUUUUCAAUCAUAGUCGAACUACCGCCACUUCUUUCUUCCUCGAUCACUCGUCUCAAGCCACUCCUAACCUUUCAUCAUGACUUUCCACUACUCUGCCGAGGAGGGAUCCAUCCGCGUCGAUGACAACCACAUCCUCCGCGCUCGUCUCCAGCGUGCCGACGGCGAGUGGCAGGACGCUGAGAUUGACCUUAACAACCACAUCGGAAACGACAACGGCUCCUUCUUCUGGGACGGCGAGAACUUUGCCGACUCUGCCCAGGACGUCCACUUCACUAUCGAGGGCGACGGUGAGGUCCCGGUCCUCCGCGCUACUUUGCUCAACGAGGAUGGCGAGGGCAUCGAGCGCGAUCUCAACCUGUCCGAGCGCAUCGUCAACAACGAUGGCAACUUCCUCUUCAACUAGAAAGUGAAUAAAGCGGGUGGUGAUCAGGGGGCUAUAUGAUGCAUGCUCUGGUCAGUUUGGAGUUUCAUCUGACUUGUUGUCGUAAGCUAUUGACUAGGGAAAGCCAAUCGCUUAGUAAUGAAAUACAUGAACGGCUCAAUGAAUGCAUGAAUAUAUCCACG